AAAUUAGUUCGAGUUGAACACACACACAACGAACUGAGAAUCGGGUCAUCAGCAUCGAAACCAGUUGGCAAUCUAAUUUAAUUAACAGCUUGGCAUUUGAGAGCACCAAUCGAAAUCAAUGAGGAAAUGCUUAAACAAAAGCACACCUCAAAGUUAAAAUCAGCGACCAAAUUUUUGAUUCAGUUUGGUAAAAAGACGCAAACCAAGAAUGUCCAAAACUUGGCUGACUUGGUCAACAUCACUGUUGCUGCAAGGGCUGGUGUUGAUGUUGGUGUUGGGUCCAUGCCAGUGUCAAUUUCUAUCAGCAGAUGCCUGGUCCAAGAGCAAUGUGCUCGAUGUGUUCGCCACAGUGCCGCAACUGGCAAAUGAAGCCAGUGGAGCGCACACGAUUCAGCAAACCCACAACAACAACGUCACUCUGACAGACGAAGAGACGGACGAUGAAACUGAGGAGGAUUUGGAUUUGGAUCUUAAUCCGUUGGCACCGCAUGCGGCUGUCGCCGAUGCUGCCACUGAUGCUGCUUCAAUGAUGCCAUUGUCGCAGCGUAAACUCUCGAGGGGUAAACGCUUUGUGGCAUUUCCAUUGGGUUCAUCGGCUUCUGUCGCCGUCUGCCUGACCACAGGCGUCCUCGGCAAUCCCGACUACUUGUAUCUCAGCUUUGGCCUCAAUUGGGGCGUUGCCUAUGAUUUGCCCAACAUCACAUGGGUCCUGAACAAUGCCCACGGCUGGAACACAAAGAAACCGAUGGCGGCCGUAGCCAAAAUCAAACGCAGGCAUCGACGUGAUGUAUAUGGCAACUUGGAGACAAUGAUAGACAGCAUGGGUUACAAUGGACGCGAUUGCGUCUUGCGUACACUAUGUGAAAGUCGUCAGUAUUUCCAGCGAACAAAGCUGAACAUGGUCGGAGAAAUGUUGCGCGCAAUCUUCAGUUUACCCAAGCAGCGCAUAUUUAAGCGAGAACUUGAAGAGAACGCGGAUAUUGUGCACUACGAUAACGCCUAUCGACACGCCCAUGACUUUGAUUGCGAAAAGCAAUAUGAUUGCCAAUUCUCGCUACUGAAACUGGCAUUCGGGAAGUAUUCAACACCACCGAAAAAUUAUUAUGCUCAAUAAAUUGCAAUGCUUAAAAUUAUCUUAUGAAAUC